AAUAUAUUAAUAGCGGGUAUUAUAAGAAUUAACUUUAGCUUAAGUAAAGAAAUUAUUACCCUAAGUACGGUAAAAGUAGAAACGUAUUUUAAAACGAUAAUUUUUUAUAUUUUAUUUAUUAAUACCCUAUUUUUUUUAUAUUUAAAAGAUAUAGAUCGACUAAGUAUUAUUUUUAAUAAUACGAGGAAUAGAAUCUUUAGUAAUAAGUAUUUUAAAAUAGUCGAACGAUAA